AUCUAUUUGAGGUUAUGAAUGAAUUAUGAAGUUAUGAAUAAUUAGUCAAGAAUAUGAAAAUAUUCAUUGCAAAUAUGACAUUAUCGAUUGCAAAAAUUAUAAUGAAAAAGUAAUAUAGUUUACUCAUAAAAAUGUAUACUAGAACAAUUAGAAAAGUCCACAAAUUCUGUGAUAUUUACACAAAGAAUUGUAGAACAACAAGUCUCAAUAACACCAACUUACCUAAAGUUCUAUCAUCAAACACAUGCUACUCUACAAGUAUAUUGAAAAAUGAUGAAGUGAAACAAAAAUUUUGUGUACGAAUGGUAGAUGCUGCUCCACUACAAAUUCAACCCUAUCUGAAACUAGCCAGGAUAGAUAAACCUAUAGGUACCUGGCUUCUGUUUUGGCCAUGCGGCUGGAGUAUAACCUCUGCAGCAGCUGCUGGAACGUUUCCUGACAUCUACAUGCUAGCUUUAUUUGCAACAGGAUCUUUUGUCAUGAGAGGAGCAGGCUGCACUAUAAAUGAUAUGUGGGAUCGAGAUAUAGACAAACAAGUAGAAAGAACUAAAGAAAGGCCUCUAGUAAAUGGUGACAUCUCUAUGAAACAAGCUGUUGUAUUUCUUGGUGGACAACUCAGCUUAGGUUUACUUAUACUUCUGCAAUUGAACUGGCCAAGUGUAUUUCUUGGUGCUAGUUCCUUGGGCCUAGUGGUAGCUUACCCUUUGAUGAAAAGAUUUACUCAAUGGCCACAAUUAGUACUUGGUUUAACCUUCAACUGGGGAGCUCUACUAGGAUACAGUGCCAUUAAGGGCUACCCUGAUCUAGCAAUUUGUUUGCCUUUAUACAUGGCAGGAAUUUGUUGGACCAUCAUUUAUGAUACCAUUUAUGCACAUCAAGAUAAAAGUGAUGACUUACAAUUAGGUAUAAAAUCAACAGCUAUUAAGUUUGGUGAUGACACAAAGAUAUGGCUGAGUGGUUUUGGUGCCACUAUGAUAGGAAGUUUGAUACUUUCUGGAGUAAUGAAUUCACAAACAUGGCCAUAUUAUGCUUCUAUAGCUAUUGUAUCAGCACAUCUUGCAAACCAGAUAGUUACUCUUAACAUAAAUAGUGCUACUGACUGUUCUAAAAAGUUCAUUUCAAAUUCAACAGUGGGGUUAAUAUUGUUUGGUGGGAUUUUGCUUGGUACCCUUCUCAAGAAAAAGGAGAGUGAUGCUGAUGAAAAGUCAAAACCCAUUGGUCUUGCUCUAGUCAAAUAAGAUGGGAUGAAAGAAACAGUAUUUUUUGUUACAAAGAACAAAACUGGAUAUUCUUAUGUGAUUCUAGAAGUAAUUUACUAUGUAAUAUGCCAGGUUUACUCAAGUCUCCCAAAAUAUUCCACAAGUCAGCUACAGUCAUCAGCCCAACAAGCAAGACAACAAACAAUCCUACAAACUUGACUGAUAUGCAACAGGACAACAUUGUACCAGUAAAUGUUAACCACACCCACCAUUGAACAGAAAAUUCUUGGAUUCUUUUUGAAGAUACUUUCACAGCACCCAUAAAAGAUCCUAUCAUGAAGCAUAAGAGAAGAGGAUCUAACAAUAUAUAUUGGUUCAAAGUAAU